AUAACUGCAGUUGGCUCAUAUUCUUUCUGAUUACUGUCCCUCCGCAGCCAAAAGGCGCACACACCCCUUGGCAUUCCGGCUGCUUGUAAAGUCAAGCACCGAGUUGUUGAACAGAGAACUCUGACCGACUCUGGUGUAAUUGAGAGGAAAACAAGUGGGGUUCUUCUCCAGCUAGCUGCACCUCUUCUCGAAAUGACUGCACAGAUUUCACUUGAACGACUCAACCAAUUACAAACCAACCCGCUACUGUGAACUGUCUUGUAUUUCUGAGGGUAGGGGCGCAUGAUGACUUUGCAACAUUCGCUCCGGCGACCCUCAACCUUGAGAGUACUGGGUGCUGUACUCCUCUUCAUUCCCUGGAGUCCGUGUGCCCCCGUGGAGCAGGAACCCGACAGGACUGCAGCAAGAGAACGUCUGCGACUCCAAGCAACAGUGGCAUUCUUAGAAAAGUACGGCUACCUGGAACCUGGCCCUCCUGAGGAACUGAGUUUAGCUCAGGUCAAAGAGGCAGUAAGGAAGUUCCAAUGGAUUUCUCACCUCCCAAUCAGCGGUGCCCUGGAUGAACCCACAGUGCAGCAGAUGAUGGAGCCACGGUGCGGGGUCAAGGACAUUGGAAGCCAAAGGGCCUGGCAAGAACAUGUGGAAAACCUCUUCCUGGGUCGAGCCACCAGGCAAAGCCGAACCAAACGUUACUUACGACAAGGAGAGAAAUGGUACAAGCACCACUUGACGUACAAGAUCAUAAACUGGCCAAAGUACUUGGAGCAAAGCCGGGUGAAGAUGGCGGUGAGAACAGCCUUUGAGCUGUGGAGUAACGCAUCGCCGCUGACCUUCUGGGAAGUGAUGGAUGGCCCUGCAGACAUCCGCUUGGCGUUCUACCAGGGGGAGCACAAUGAUGGAAUUGGCAAUGCUUUCGAUGGACCAGGUGGUGCCUUGGCACAUGCCUUUUUCCCCAGAAGAGGCGAAGCUCACUUUGACAACGACGAGAGGUGGUCUCUCAACCGGGGCAAAGGGAGGAACCUGUUCAUCGUCACGGCCCACGAGAUUGGCCACACCCUGGGCCUUGAGCACUCUCCUGUUAAAAACGCCUUGAUGUCUCCAUUUUACAAAAAGUUGGGCCGAGACUUCCUCCUCAGCUGGGAUGACAAGAUGGCCAUUCAGAAACUGUAUGGGGAACCACUGCAUGAUCCUGUGCAUCAACUGCCAGGAGAGUUGUUCACCUUCUUCCAGAAUCCGGCGGAACAUGCCAUGCCCGGAAUCCCAUCGGAUAACCGUCUGCCUCCUUCCUACUGCCAGACCCACUUCGACACCCUCACUAAGGACCUAAAACAAAAUAUUUACAUAUUCCGAGGAGCUGAUUACUGGAAACUGUCAAAAGACGGGAAUAUAAAAGGACCUCUGUCGUUGCAGAAAAGUUGGCCUGAGCUGCCCUCAGCUAUUGAGGCAGCUGCUGUGUCGGAUAAGGAAGGGAAAUUCUACUUCUUCAGAGGGGGCCGUUGCUGGAGGUACGCUGGGAAUCAUCUGGACAAGGGCUUCCCGAUGAAGGUCAAGGCCAUGGGUCUGCCUCGCCACCCAGACGCAGCUUUCUACUUCCCGCCACUGAGCCACGUGGUAAUUUUCAAAGGGUCAAAAUACUAUGUCCUGAACGAAGAGCUGAUGCAGGUGGAACAGUAUUAUCCUCGGACACUCAGCGAUUGGAAAGGGGUCCCCAUUGGCAUCAAUGGCGUCUUCACCUGGAAUGAGAAGCGAACCUAUUUCUUCAAAGAUGAGACUUACUGGAAGUUUGACAACAGCAGACUCAAGGUGCUGCACCAGGGCAAGUGGGCAAAGGAACUGGAGUGGGCUGGCUGUUAUCACAGGAAUGGAACGGAACCUGGGAGCCUGAAAACGUGACGCAAGCAGAACAUGGUACUCAAACAGCGCUCCUUUCUGGAGGCGUGAGAUUUUCCUGCUCUUGUGAAAACUAGUGUUUGGAGCUACAGCACACCACAGGGAGAAAAUAACACAAUGAGAGGCUACAGAGGAAACCCAAACACAAUGCAGGAGACCACACACCUCUGUCAUAUAGACAAGGGUAUUAAAUAACUCAAGGCACAUUCAUAGGAUAUCUGAUUCCCCUAAUGCAGGAACAUGAAAGAACAUUCAAAAAACAGGCAUGGCAUAUCCAGUACCGCAAACAUAUUGACAGAGGAUAGAGUACCCCCACACCCAGUAAGAGAAAAGGAAAGCACACAGAAAGGGUAAUUUUUCUACAUGCUGUUAACUCAACGUUAUCACAAUAACACAGCUCUUCCUUGGGGCUUUUCCCUAUCUGGUCGGUGCUUUGUAACUACAAAUCUUAAUUUUUUUUAUCAAGAGCCUCCCGCUCGCUGAGUAGGCUUCAGACUAAUCCACAUCCAGUAACCUGCUGUGAAAACUCUGCUCACAUUUUGACAGUUCAAACAAAUUCCACAGCAGCGGCUCAGACAACCUACAACGUUCUAAAAGAUAGUUGAUGUGCCGUUUCUCCUAAUGUUAAUGGAUCCAUGGGGACAUAGAUGGGGAAACAGGCCCUUCGGCCUAACUUGUCCAUGCUGACCAGGUUUCCUAAACUGAACUAGUCCCAUUUGCUUUAAAAUAUUCCAGAAUUCAGAUCUGACCCUUUGCAAAAACCUCUUCAGUUCCUACCUGGCUCAUAUCUUGCCUGUGUAUCAGUUCUUGUUGCAAAGUGACCAUUAGUUUUGGAGAUAAAUUGUCCCAGCUCUCCCAAUAGGAAGAUGGGCAUUGCAGCAUGUGCUGGAACUAUGCCAAAGUGCCAAUGUGGCUGACCCAGUGGGAAUUAUUUGUGAAGUUAAAACUUCUCAUAGGCCAAUGUUUAGAACCCCCUGAAAGGGUCUCCAACUCUGAGUUAGAGUUACAGACUUUGGUCGGGGGGGGGAGGGGGUCUGUGGUUUGACAUACUUAGCUUAAUAGUUACUCAGGGAAAGACCUCCUGGUUGACUCUAAAGCUGACCUAUCGACAACUCACCACACGUGACAGCCCCAUCCUAGAUUUGACCUCAAUCCGACUUCUCGCUCUCUCUACCUGACCUCCCAUGACCCGAUCCUUCACUCCCUCUGUCUGUCACCUCACCCUAUAGCUUAGGAGGAAGGUAUAGAGUACCCUAUACAGAAAAACGAAAGUAUAAAUUACCCUACAUGCAAGAAUGAGGAUAUACAGCACCCUACACAAGGAUGAUAGAAUAAAGUUCCCUAUAUAUUAGGAUGAAGGUGUAGAUAUCCUGUACACAAAGAUGAAAGAACAAAGUAUCCUGUACAUAGGGGUGAGAGUAUAGAGUACCCUGUAGUCAAAGAUAUGGGUAUAGAGUAACCUAUACAUAAGGAAAAGCGUAUACAGUAUGCUAUACACAAGGAGCAUAUGGAGCUCCCUAUACAUUGGGUGAGAUUAUAGAACACCCUAAAUACAAAGAGCACACUGUACACAGGAUACAGUAUAUUGCCAUGUUGAGGUUAGAGCUACCUGACCUUUCAAUCCUCUGUGCAAAUAUCAAUGUAUCAUAGGCCAAACUGUAAAGCCACCUGUUCAUAUAGUCUCUCAAUUCUUCAAAACAAAGGCAGAGGGAAAGGGCAGAAAAUGCAAGCUGAAUUUUGUUUAGUUUCACUGGUAAUUGUUUAAAAUAACUUUACCUCACAUCCUAUUAUUGGUUAUCAUUUAUACUGUUAUCUACACUGAUAUCCUAUCCAUAUGUAUUUGUAUGACAGUUUAACAGUAAUCUUUGGAGCUUGCUGACAGUGCUGCAAAUUGGGACAACAUCACAGAAUCUUCACUCACUGUGAGCGUUACUCCCUCUAUGUCGCUGGGGAGAGAGUUGGGGGGUGGUCAGCUCUUCCUUGACAUAUUUCCCACGGUUUCAUCACGUGACCCAGUGCCUCUGAGAGCCACACCCCCACCCUCCUGCCAUUGGUGGCUGGACACACCCAUCCCCAAUGGGGGACUGCCUUCCAACAGCCAAUAGGAAAGUGAAAAGUUGGUUGGAUAAUUCUUAACAAUCAGCAAAUGCUAAUAAGCAAAAAAUAAUUCAAAGGAAAGGGAGGAAGAAACGUAUGAGUUUUAAAGCCCUGAUGAUAACCCCCAGGUUUGUUCGCAACUUUGUCCUGAAAAUGUAUCACUCAAUCACAGAGAUUCCAGGCCAUUCCUGCGGAAUAGGCAGACCUAAGGUCAGGGUAUGUACAGCAACACAGGUCUAAUCAUUUGUCCUUUUUGCUCAACCAAAGUUUUGAUGAGGCUGUGUAUUUAUGUUAAUCAUUCUGAGCUGUAAUUAAACCAAAACUGCCUUCUAAGAAUGCAAUUUCUUCUGUUUCAGCCACUCUUCACUCAAUGAGAACUGCAACCGAUCAAACCAUGAACCCAAUCGCUUGUAGUCAUAGUCACACAGCACAGAAACAGACCCUUCGGUCCAACCAGUCCACAGCGAACAUAAUCCCAAACUAAACUAGUCCCCCGUCGCCUGCUCCUGGCCCA